AAGAAGAAGAAGAAGAAGAAGAAGAAGAAGCCGCGUAAUGUGAAGUUUGGAAGCUCAGCGGCUUGUGAAGCAGAGCUCACCGCCUCGCCAUGCUGAUUAACCCGGAGGAAGAGGCCCUGAUUGGUCGAGUGUUUGAGACCUAUUUGACGGAGCAUCAUCAGGAUGAGCUUCUGCAGCUCCUCACCGACAUAAAUGAAGACUCUCAUCGCUCCGUCGUGGUCAACGCCAUGACGCUGUUUGAAGCCAAUAUGGAGGUUGGGGACUAUUUCAAUGCAUACCCAGAAGAUGUGCUGGCGGUGUUUGAUGAGGUGUUACAGAAGAAAGCUUUGGAGCUAGCAGAUGAUGCUUCCCUCAAAGACAGAAGACCAGGAUCCAGACAGAGGCAGAUCUAUCACACCCGCAUCACAGGUCUCCCGGUGUGUCCAGAACUAACCAGACAUACCAUCCCCAGGUCCAGAGAUGUGGGUCAUUUUCUGUCUGUGACUGGUACCGUCAUACGCACCAGUGUGGCUAAGGUUCUGGAGUUUGAACGGGACUACAUCUGCUCAAAGUGCAGACAUGUUUUCAAGGCGCAGGCAGAUUUUGAACAGUUCUAUACCUUUGUCCAGCCGGUCGGCUGCCCCAAUCCUGCUGGCUGCAAUUCCUCUAAGUUCAGCUGUCUGUCUGAAGCAUCUGAGCCUGCCGCCUGCAGAGACUAUCAAGAAAUCAAGAUCCAGGAGCAAGUGCAGCGGCUGGCGGUGGGCAGUGUUCCUCGCUCCUUAGUGGUGGUUCUGGAGGACGACCUAGUUGACAGCUGUAAAUCUGGUGAUGACAUAACAGUGUAUGGUGUGAUGUGUCUCCGCUGGAAGCCCCUUCAUGAUGGCUCCCCCUGUGAUGUGGAGCUGGUCCUGAGAGCUAACAACAUUGAAGCUAACAACCAGCAGGCUGCUGCUGCUCUGCUGGUUAGAGAUGUUCAGAAGGAGUUUGAAGACUUCUGGGACGGCUACAAGCACAACCCACUGGCUGGGAGGAAUGAGAUCCUGUUGAGUCUGUGUCCACAGGUGUUUGGCAUGUAUGUGAUCAAGCUGGCUGUGGCCAUGGUGCUGGCUGGAGGGGUGCCCAGAAUCGACUCCUCUGGGACCAAAGUUAGAGGAGAGUGCCACAUGUUGCUGGUUGGGGAUCCUGGGACUGGGAAGUCUCAGUUCCUGAAAUAUGCAGCCAAGGUUAUACCCCGGUCAGUUCUGACAGCUGGAAUUGGAUCUACCAGUGCUGGCCUGACGGUGGCUGCAGUGAAGGAUGGAGGUGACUGGCACCUGGAAGCUGGAGCCUUGGUCCUGUCUGACGGCGGUUUGUGCUGCAUCGAUGAGUUCAACAGCAUCAAGGAGCAGGACCGCAUCAGCAUUCAUGAAGCCAUGGAGCAGCAGUCCAUCAGCGUGGCCAAAGCCGGAAUGGUCUGUAAGCUGAACACUCGGACCACCAUCCUGGCAGCUACAAAUCCUAAAGGCCAGUAUGACUCCAGUGAGCCCCUGUCUGUGAACGUGGCGUUGGCCAGUCCUUUGCUCAGUCGUUUUGACCUGGUUCUGGUCCUGCUGGACACCAGGAACCCGGAAUGGGACCGAAUCAUCUCCUCUUUUAUUCUGGAGGACCAAGAAGCUCCUGCUGAUCCCAGCGGUCUCUGGUCCCUGGAGAAAAUGAAAGCCUACUUCAGUCUGAUCAAGCAGCUGCAGCCUCGCGUGUCUGAGGAGGCCAACUGCAUCCUGUCCCGGUAUUACCAGCUACAGCGCCAGCGGGACGGACACAACGCCGCCCGCACAACCAUCCGCAUGCUGGAGAGUCUGAGCCGACUUGCUGAAGCACACGCCCGGCUGAUGUACAGAGAGACGGUCACCAUCCAAGAUGCUCUCACUGCCGUAUCGGUCAUGGAGUGCUCCAUGCAGGGCGGAGCUCUCCUGGGAAACGUCAACGCAUUGCUAACAACGUUUCCCAGCGACCCUGUCCAGCAGUAUCAGACCCAGUGUGAGAUGCUGCUGAAAGGACUGAACCUGCCGCUGCUGCUUCAGAAAGAGAUGGAGAACCUGCUCAGGCUAAGAAGCAACAACCCAGAGACGGCGAACUGUGAUCCAUCACUCACUUCAAACCAACAUGCCCUCCAAUGCUGUGAGGAACCAGUGGAUGGUCUGGACCAUCUGCAGGCCAGCAGCCCCUCACCGUCCCCACAUGAUGUAACACCGCCCAUGUUUACAUCAACUCAACAAACCGGGGAUGAUGCAGCUACGAGGGGCUGUUCAAAACCAUCUGCAGGAGUCCUGGAGCAAAAUGAACAGGGACAGAUGCCUGAGACAGAGGAGGAGGUGGAGAAGGAGACUCCAGGGAUGAGGCAACAGAAGGAUGCUGAGGCUGGAACACCAUCAGACCUACGGGCUAAGCUGUCAGCCUUCUGUUUCAAACCCAGGGAGAAGAAGCCAUCAGAGCACAGCAUCAGUAGGGUGGAGAAGACAGGCGGCCAUGAUGAGCGAGGCAGCCAGCUUCCGCCGGCUAAGAGGAGGAGGGAGGGGCAGGAACCAGGCCAGAACCUCCAGUCACAACAACCUCCUCAGGAAACAGCAAACGGCAAACUGCAGCAGCCCCACCAACCUACCGCUGAUGCCCAGCAACACCGGAGACCAGCAGACCAUGGUGGGGGGGGUCUGAGGAAGAGGAUGUGCUUCCAUCUGAGUCCUGGAUCCAAGCAGGCUGGCUCAGGGUUCUCCUCAUUCACUCCAGCCGACUUCCCCAAUGAUGUGCUGGACACCGACUGGGAUCAGGAGGUUUCAAAGACCCCCAGAGCCUAAGACCAUGGAUCGCCCACCACAGAAGGAACUUCUGCUUCUAAAGACUCGCCAAGAUCAACAAACGGUUCAUCUUUCUAUUUGCUUAUGGCAUAGAGUCUGUCCCAUCGGCUCCGUGCCAGGACAGACAGACCUCUGAUCAGCUAGCAAAGCCUGACUGACUGAUCCAAACAUGAUCCAUCCAUAAUAGAGGUCCAACCUCUGACCUGAAGGGGCAUCUGGACAUUUGGUCACCAUAUUUAUGAAGGUGACCAUAAAAAACUAGUUUGUUUCUCUUGAAGCCUUUAAGGCCAACAGACAAAUACGGUCUUAAGGGAACCAUGUAGAACCAGAGAGAGAGACUGCACCUAUUCCUGUUCUAGACGUCACUGCUGGUCUGCUGCAAUUAAUGGGAGGAUUAUUCCCACAAUACAGACCAUUUCUGGACUUAAGUCCAAAUAACCAGAGAGGAACUCAUAAAGGUUAAUAUCCAUGAUGUUUAUUGGUGAGAUUAAUCAAUGUUUUCCCAGUGAUCAGAUUCAUGUCCCUGAGCUCCCAGUUCACACCCAGAGCAAAGGGAGGGCAGAUGCCCUGGUUCUGACCCAGUCUGAGUCCUUCACAUCUCAUGGAGCAGCAUGGAAGAUGCUUUGAGUUUUCGGAGUAUAUUUAAUGAGUGGGUGGAAGAGAAGCCCUGCUGCUGCCCCCCCUGUCCUUCAGCUUGGACACCAUCAGGUACAACAACUCCACGAUGUUUAGAAGGACAGAGAAAACAGCCAAUGCCAGCAUGAAGACUACAAAAACAGUUUUCUCUGUGUGUCGGCUGAUGAAGCAUUG